GGCACGCGAGUGACAUUCACACCAUUCGGCUGAUUUGGCACCGCGCUGCAGAAACAAUUUGCUGCUGGCCGGACGAGUGUGUCAACAACCUGUUGACGGGAACCAAAAACUAAAAGGAUCCUGUGGGUACAAAUGCAGCAGAGCAGAGCUCAGCCUGAAUACCAGUGCUGCUGACGACCGCUCUGAUCCCACACUCACACACACUCAUCACACACCCGCUCACAUCACACACACACACACACACCCGCUCACAUCACACACUCAUCACGCCGCUCUCAGAGAGGCCGGAGCUCAGAGCAGCACCGGAAGAUGCAACCGGCUGGCAGCCACUGACAGCCUUCAGCAGUCAGUCAAUCGGGACACACUCAGCCUUCAGAGGAAGACGACUUGGCAAAGGACACAAAAGUGACCUGCACAUUCUCACCGCACACGAUCCCGCUUCCUUCAAAGAAAAGGGAACCUGACCCUGGGGCAGGAAAAAGGAGCGAUCGUACCUCGCCGCGGAAACUCGACCCGCCGGACGGAGAGACGGAAGUCGCCGACCCGCCGUGCCUGACAACCGACAAGGCAGCGAGAUGCUGGCUAAGAUCCUGGAGGACAUGUGGGUGGAGCCCGAGGUGCUGGAGGCCCUCAGCGAGGAGCAGAAGAGGAUCCUCUUCUUGAAGAUGAGAGAGGAGCAGGUACGCCGCUGGACGGAGCACGAGAAGAGGGAGGAGAGGGAAGGAGGAGAACCCAGCAAAAGGCCCAAGAAAGGCGACAACAAACGUGUGAAGUGGCAGCUGGGUCGGGACGGAGAUGUCAGCGUCAUUGUGAUCGGAGAGGUGGACGAGUUCAGGUCCUCCAAACUCCUCCAGACCCUCAUGAACAACAGGGUCCACAGUGACACUGAGCACGGCGUCCACGCGGUGGACUUGCUGCCCGGAAGAGAGAGCAAGCAGCUCACCUUUAAAGAAGAGCUUCCCCUCGCAGAUGCUAUCGAGGCCCCCUCCUCCUCCUCCUCCCCACACGACAACUGGUCCGAGGAGGACUCCUGCAGCGCCGAGGACGACCCGAAGGACCCCGCCGAGGACAGUGGCAGCGAAUCAGGCGGCAGCUCGGACACCCGCGGCGACUGGACGCCUCUACGCGGGCCCCGCGCUAGUAGCCAUGGCAACCGGCCGCCGCCUGAGGCCCAGCUGUCAGACGCGGAGCGGCCGGGCCCACAGGACGGAGAGAGGUCGCAGUACGGAGGCCGCGUGGCGCAGCUCAAGAAGCAGUUUGCGGCUGAUGCUCACAGCCCAUCCGCCUACACCAAACCUCCUGUACCCACCAAACCCGCUCACCUGCAGACACCUGCAGUGCCCGUCAUCCACUCAGACUGAAGGUGUGUCCGGCCCGCAAUGAGGCGACGCUGAGACAAAACCCGUGCGAAAAACACCGGCUCUGUUAGACGCCGAUGGACCCGGGCCGAGGCCGCGUACAGAGAAACGGAUCUUCACUUGAGCCGAAGCGGUGACCUGAGAGACACUUUGUGAGGCCACGGCACGCAGAGAGAGAAAUACUUGAAACCUUUUUCAACCUAAAUCAACCUGAAUAAGAAAAACCAAAAAGCUUUGAUGUUGCCGAGUCCAAAUGGUUUGGUUUCGACGCGGAGAGAUGUCUGGAGACACACACAUACACGCUGACAGACUGUUGAAUACAGGAGGAAACGCACUGUGUCGCACUUGAUAAAUGAGUAUUAUAGGUUUUCCUAUGCAGGAGGUAUAAGCAAGGUUAUUGGAAACGGAAACAUGUUUGAUCUGUUUGAUGUUUGAAAGAAUCUGUGCUGUUCAAAAGCUUUAAAGUUUAAACCGUUUUAAAUGUAGUCCAUGUAACUUGUCAAUGUGCAUUUUUAUCUCUGCUCAAAGAGUCAAUCACCAGUUUAUCAAUCACAACGUUGGCAGGUUUUUUUUUUUUUGUGGGGUCAAAUAAAAGGACUGAAUGCAUGGUAAAUAAUAAACUGACUUGUUUUCCAAAA